UUUUAUAAAAUCUCUCAGAAUCACAAGUCCCUGGCUCUCCUUGUGUCUUGUCUGGUGUUAGAGUGAAUUUUCUUGGCUUUUUAUUGCUAGAGCUGAGGAAGAACAUGGCAAAGUUAUGUCUAGUUUUCUUCAUCAUUUCCCUCGUCAUAGCCAUGCCAUGGACGCAAGCUUUCCCUUUAGAUAACUGGCCUCAGAGACACAAAGACCAGAAGGAGACAGUAACCAAUCUCCAAUUCUAUUUCCACGACACAGUUAGUGGCAAGAACCCUAGUGCUAUCAAGGUGGCUCAGUCCGCUGACACCGAAAAAUCUCCCACUCUUUUUGGUGCUAUUAUGAUGGCAGAUGAUCCUUUAACUCAAGGACCAGAUCCCAACUCCAAACUGGUGGGUCGAGCACAAGGGCUUUAUGGUUCAGCUGGACAGAGUGAAGUCUGCCUUAUCAUGGCCAUGAACUUCGCCUUCAUUGAUGGUAUCUAUAAUGGUAGCUCCAUCAGCCUCCUUGGCAAGAACUCAGCCAUGAGUCCUGUACGUGAGAUGCCGAUCGUUGGCGGGACUGGGCUUUUCCGGUUGGCUCGCGGAUAUGCAAUUGCGAAGACGCUUUGGUUUGAUAUUACUACUGGAGAUGCUAUCGUUGGCUAUAAUGUUACAGUAGUUCACUAGAUAUCUUUGCCUCUCUUCUGUGAUAUUGCUUGGGCUUGUCUUUUCAGUUUUAUAUAUUCAGCUUUAAUUCACUGCCAUUUUCCAUUUUUAUAGCUAACUACUCGAGUCGUUGUAUUAAAGUAAUUUGCUAUAUACGGUGAUCCUUGGCUUCGUAUAUUAAUAAAUAUAAACUUUGACUA